GCUCGCCACCAAGUCUCCCAGCUCCCAGACCAAGAGCAACACAGCAAGCAAGCGAACGCGCUCGCUCAUCCGACCGCCGUGUUUCCAGCUCGUCACAGCCGGGCAACCAAGCAUGUGCAACGUCAUCACGAUCCCGUCGGUCGCCUGGCUGCGCCGGGCCGUGCGGCGGUGGCGCGCCCGGAGUUCCGCUUCCGCGGCGGUGCCAGCGGGGCACGUGGCGGUGUGCGCGGCGGGCGCUCGGUUCGUGGUGCGGCUGGCGCACCUUGGUCACCCGGCGUUCCUGGAGCUGCUCAGGCAGGCCGAGGAGGAGUACGGCUUCCCGGCCGGCGCCUCCGGCCCCGUCGCGCUCUCCUGCGACGAGCACCGGCUCCGCGACGUCCUCCGCCGCGUCUCCUCCUCAUCGUCCAACGAGCGUCGCCGCUCCUCCGGCCGCCGCGGCGGUGACCAGCGACCGCUGCUGCAGGGAUAAGGGAUUGGCCGGGGAGAAGCUCUUCUUGUGAGCGAUCGGCAACCUGCGCGGGUUCCAGCGCACCGAACGGUGAAAUCGUCGAAGCAACGCAACACGCCAUGCAUUUCUGCGCUCAGCGGGGAAGCAGGACCUGCGCCUGCCGCCGCCGUGAAGGCCGUGCAAGCUAGCGUUAAGGUAUCCAGUCAAAGGCUGAGCGCCCGAGCGUGUUCCUAUCCCGUGCCUAUGUGCAGUAAUUGAUUGAAGAAGGCUACGAUUUUUUUUAGAUUCUUUUUCUGUGUUUUGUAAAUCUUCUACCCGGCUGUGCAAGUAACUGCCGAGGGCCAUGUACGAGUGAACUAAUUAAAAGGU